UUAUGAGCGGUGCUGCGCUGCUUACGCGUAGCGGAUUCUGUGGCGGUGAGAGUCAUGGCUGUUCGUCGGUCGCUGCACUUCGUAUUCAAAGUGGGAAACCGCUUCCAGACGGCGCGUUUUUAUCGUGAUGUCUUGGGGAUGAAGGUUCUGCGACAUGAGGAAUUUGAAGAAGGCUGCAAAGCUUCCUGUAAUGGGCCUUAUGAUGGGAAAUGGAGUAAAACCAUGGUGGGAUUUGGGCCUGAGGAUGAUCAUUUUGUUGCAGAACUCACUUACAAUUAUGGCAUUGGAGACUACAAGCUUGGCAAUGACUUCAUGGGUAUCACACUUGCUUCUAGCCAGGCUGUCAGCAACGCCAGGAAGGUGGAGUGGCCACUUAGUGAAGUUACAGAAGGUGUUUUUGAAACUGAAGCCCCAGGAGGAUAUAAGUUCUACUUGCAGAAUUGCAAUCUACCUCAGUCAGACCCUGUAUUAAAAGUAACUCUAGCAGUGUCUGAUCUUCAGAAGUCCUUGAACUACUGGUCUAAUCUAUUGGGAAUGAAAAUUUAUGAAAAAGAUGAAGAGAAACAAAGGGCUUUGCUGGGCUAUGGUGACAACCAGUGUAAGCUGGAGUUACAGGCCAUCAAGGGUGCAGUUGAUCAUGCAGCAGCUUUUGGAAGAAUUGCCUUUUCUUGCCCCCAAAAAGAGUUGCCAGACAUAGAAGACUUGAUGAAAAGGGAAAACCAGAAGAUUUUGACUCCCCUGGUGAGCCUGGAUACCCCAGGGAAAGCAACAGUACAAGUGGUCAUUCUGGCUGACCCUGAUGGACAUGAAAUUUGCUUUGUGGGGGAUGAAGCAUUUCGAGAACUUUCCAAGAUGGAUCCAGAGGGAAGCAAAUUAUUGGAUGAUGCGAUGGCAGCAGAUAAAAGUGAUGAGUGGUUUGCUAAACAAAACAAACCAAAGGCCUCAGGUUAACAGAAGACAUCAUUUGGAACCAGCAUUUGUGAUUCCUGUCCUCUGCCCGUGAGCCUGAUGUGGCCAUUCAUGACAAAUACUCUUACAAUGUGGUUGUUAACUAUUUAGGCACAGAGGCUGGGGGAUGAAGAUAUGUGUAUUCCAAUCUUUGAAAGCGCUGAUAUAUUUUAUGUAUGAAAUCCUGUUAGAAGUUCAAGUAGAGGAGAACUCCUGCUGUAAUCUGCACUGUCACUAGAAUGACAUAUUCUGAGUACAACUGUAUUAAAUAGUGACAAAUUAUUUUCAAGAGGCAGGACAGCUGUAUGGGACAGUCACCCUUGGUUGGGGAUAGAAUUUUGAUAUGCUGUGAAUAAUGUAGAAUUUAUGAGAGCACAACUGUUCAGAUAAAGCUAAAUCAAUUGCUUGUAACAAUAAUCCUCCUAGCACCUGAUGAAGAAUCAUUAAAAGUAUGCCAUUCUAAUGUCUUAUUCUGGCAGAUCUUGAUAUUUAAAAAUUUUUAAGGAAACUGUGUUUCUUGGACCAAAAGAUCUGGUUAUUUGGCAUCCCUGUUUUCCUUGCUUGUAAAUUUUGAGUAGCCAGAGAAAACAGAUGGAAAGGAUUUAAUAUGUUGAGUGUUGCUGCAUGCCUGGCUCAGUGCUAGUUUAUGUAAUUUUCUCUUAAUCCUCUCAAGAAGAGAACAUCAUGUUCGAUUCCUUAAAAAUGGAUUAGAUGAUGUCAUUAGCCUGAAAAGUAUUUAAAAAAAUUUUUUUUUAAUAUUCUAUUUAGUUCUAUAAAACAAGUAGAUUUUAUAAUCACUGGAAACAAUAAUAUUGGAGAUAUAUAUAUAUAAAUAUUUGACUGUAUGCUAUUAUAUUAGUCUGUAACAGUCAUUAUUUAAAGUGGUGGCCGGGUUCAAAUUUUCGGAAAGAAACUGAGGAAAUUGGUAAGGGACUGACCCAGAUGAUACUAAUUCCAAAAUAAAUAUAUAAAAUUGUAAAUCUUAACCUCAACUGUUCUCCCUUUCUAGCAGGGUAGGGUAACGAGAUUUCUGGGUGAGUUUCAUCUCACCUUCUUAAUGGGAGUAAUCUUAUCUUUACUGAGGGAAAAGAAUUCUCAUCUCAUUCCACACACUUCUCAUUCAACUCAAGUUCUUUAUCUUAGGGAAGUAAUCACGAGUUUUAAAGCAAACCAAGUUAUAUAUGUUUCUCUUGGUUUUUUGUUUUUUGUUUUUUCUUCAAUACAUGGGGAAAUUAUAUGAAUUUUGAAUAAUCAGAUAAACUUGUGUCUGUUACACAAUGAUUUGUGAAUUCUCAGAUUUUACAUUAGGUUAUUAAUUCUUGAUGUUUAACUCUAGUAAUACUGACCUUGUGAAAAGAAACUAAUUUUUCCAGUAUACUAGUUUGCUAAAUGAAUUGUCCUUUUAAAUUUGUUAUAGUAAAAUAAGUGGUUUCUGUAAAUACUGAGUGACUAAAUACAUAAUAAAUUCCUUUUUAUCUGCUUAUCUUGUUUUUUAA